GUAGCCUGGAGACUGCAGCGCUUUCCUCAAUGUCCGACUGCCAGUGGGGCGAACUUUGACCAACCGCCAGUUAGCUAAAUUAUUUCGUAGCACUUACUGUCACUUUUGUUUUUAAAUAUAUAUAUAUGUGUGUGUGUUGUUUUUACAUGAAACGAGAUGUGGUUUAUUUGUUUACUAAGUUGGCUGUCGUUGGUGAUACAGAUAUCUUUCAUCACACUAGCAAUUGUACGUCUCUCCUCCCCCCAGCUGCUGGCCUGUAUUAUUUGGCAGAACUAAUAGAAGAGUACACAGUUGCCACUAGUCGAAUAAUAAAGUACAUGAUACUGUUCUCUACAGGUGUGCUGACGGGCCUGUACCUGUUUGAGGGCUUCCCAUGGCUGAUGAUGGGCUGUGGUCUCUUCACCAACCUGGUGUACUUUGGCCUCCUGCAGACCUUCCCUUACAUACUGCUGAGCUCACCCAACUUCAUUCUCUCCUGUGUAUUGGUGGUGUUGAAUCACUACAUGGCUUUCCAGUACUUUGCUGAAGAGUAUUACCCCUUCUCAGAGGUCCUGGCGUACUUCACCAUCUGCCUGUGGAUCAUCCCCUUCUCCUUCUUUGUGUCGCUAUCGGCGGGGGAGAACGUGCUUCCGUCCACCGUGCAGCAAGGAGAUGACGUGGUCUCAAAUUACUUCACCAAGGGCAAGAGGGGCAAGAGGUCUGGCAUCCUGCUCAUCUUCUCUUUCCUCAAGGAGGCAGUGUUGCCUAGUCGACAGAAGAUGUACUGAGGCUCUACUCGGGGG